AGAAUCUCAUGGAAACAAAUGUAUGCCGUAUGUAGUUCAUAUGGCAUCCGGUGGGCGUGCUGCAUGAGCCUGUCAGCGGGCGCUGCAGCGGCAUGAGGUGCCUUUGAAGUUCAGUAGCGGAAAAGUGUCGAAACGCAAGGAUGUUGGAAGCCCCCUAGGUUCACAAUAAGGGUAUCGAACAAUCACUAUUAAAAAGACGGUCGUUAGUUUGCGUAGCACGCUCACGAUUUUCAGAGGUUGAUAAGAAGUCUGGAUCAUAUUAGUCUCAUUUUCUUGUAAUUUCUAAGAAUAAAGAAAUGCAACAGUAAUGAGCAUUGGUGAAAGUAGGACGGAAAUGGACAGACAGCGCACAAUGUGCCGGAUUAAGACUGUCAGCCUGACGUGUAGGUAAACGUGGGGCUUUUUUCCCUUAUGCUUAAGAUUUUGUCCUGUGUAAUCCAUAAUGUAUCGUGCAAUGCGGAUGUGUUUUGUUGAAUUUAGCCGUCUUCACAUAAUACUUUGAGAAGCAUUAAGGGCCUUCUGUUUUUUCUUAGCCACUUUCCACUGACCCAUGGCACGUUUGUAUGUACGUAUAACAGCUAAAUGGAAGUGCUUAAUUUUUCCAAUUCUGUGUCCUCACUCGCAAUCUUUUUCUCCCUUUCAAGCUUCGCAUGAUAAAGAUGUGAGGGUGGAAGAAGAAUAAAAGCUUAGGUAGGUAGAUAGAUAUUGUGAUAAUAGUAACAUUUUUACUAUCAUUACGGUCGGUGUUUACAAUCGUGCAAGCAUGAGGCACGGCGAUCGUGGGGUGUGUUUGCUUUCUAGUCUACCCAAUACGGUACGGUGCUUUACAUCGUCAGGUUUAUACGCGACGCGUCCAUCGCGGGAUUCGUUUCAGUCGAACCUAACCUCCUUCACGAAUGCGCGGAACCGGGACGAAAAUUUCAUAAAGUUUGGAAACAAAGGACGCACGAUCGGGAUUCCUCGGAUCGAGCGCUUGCAAACCCGUCCCAUCUCCAUCCUGCACGAGACUCCACACAUUAUGGUUGCUGGGCGAAAUUUCUGCAACGGCUUCUCGAGCAACCAGUUCCUUCUCGUCAAUAAACAGACCAAGCGCUGCAUUUUCGUCGAUGCCUGCGAUGACUGGCCAGAUGACUGGGUAACUUUUAUUUCGUCUUCGCGGCUCACGCCCACACAUGUCUUUCUAACCCACUGCCACAUCGACAACAUUGUCAAUCUCACGGCACUCAUGACCAUCGUGGAGCGUCACCUAAACACGCGCUUAGGGCUGAUGUGGUGUCCAGCAGAGCAGGUGUGGGUAGAUGCCUUUCCGAGAGCAUGCCAACGGUAUGGACGCGAGGAAGAGGCUCGGAAAGUGCUUCCCUUCGCGCAAAACAACAACUACACCUACAACUCCUACGCGUACGGGCUGAUGCAGAGGCAGCACGCGUUGAAUCAGCGAUAUCACCAGAAAUCCAGAAUGCGCAAUCAGACCAAUGAAGAAGAUGGGUAUGGGCCAGGGGCAGAGUUGCCGCUUCCCCCGGAACUCGUACGCCAGCAGGACAUCCUCCUGACCUGCGCCACGAAUCGCGCCAUGAGCUUCUACGAAUUUGGCGCGCACAGUCUUUUGUAUUACAUUUUCACCCCCGGGCAUUCCCCGGGACACAUGAUGCUGAGCCUUCCCCGUGAGAAGUUGCUAUUCACGGGCGAUGUCCUGUGUUACAACCAGGUUGGCCGCGUGGAUUUACCCUGGGCGACAGGAGAGCGACUGGCUGAGAGUCUGCUGGCGUUGGAGGACUUCCCGGAUGGCACGGUGCUGUUGCCUGGUCAUGGUCGCCUAACAACACUUGGCCGAGAACGGCGUGAGAACCGGGCGCUGCAGGUCUUGUAUGAGCGGCGGGCAGUCGGCCAACAAGAAGUAUCUGUUGGAUUUAACGCGGGCUAUCUGUAG